AUGGAAAUCAAGGAGGAGCUGGAUUAUGAAGGACUGUCUCCGAAUGCAGGGCUUGGUGUGAACAUGUUGGCUGGAGCACUUGCAGGAAUCACAGAACACUCUGUCAUGUAUCCCUUUGACAGCAUAAAAACACGAAUGCAGGUCUUCACGACUUCGCCAGCAGCAGUGUACUCGGGCAUUGGGAACGCUAUCACGCGGAUAUCGUCGACGGAAGGCGCGCGCGCACUAUGGCGGGGGGUAUCGUCAGUGAUAGCAGGUGCGGGGCCAGCGCAUGCAGUGCAGUUUGGGACAUAUGAGGCCGUGAAGGAGUUCACGGGAGCAAAUGAUGAUUCGAAGACAAAGUUGAAGUAUGGCUGGGAAUUCGUCCGUGAUGUAGCACUGGCUGGUGCAUCGGCAACGAUUGCAAGUGACGCACUCAUGAAUCCCUUUGAUGUGAUAAAACAACGGAUGCAAGUCCACCAAUCCGAAUUCCGGUCUAUGGUUACCUGCGCCUCCACCGUAUUCCGCAAUGAAGGCCUUUCAGCCUUCUAUGUCUCCUACCCAACAACCCUCACCAUGACCGUACCCUUCACGGCCGCCCAGUUUACCGUGUACGAGCAAAUCAAGAAGUUUAUGAACCCUUCGGGCACGUAUUCGCCAGUAUCACAUAUCGUCGCCGGCGGAAUUGGAGGUGGUGUUGCCGCGGGGCUUACAACACCCUUGGACGUGGCGAAGACGUUAUUGCAGACGAGAGGGACAUCGAGCGAUUUGGAGAUUAGGCAUUGUAGAGGGAUGCUGCACGCGUUUCAGAUUAUAUGGGCGAGAGAUGGUGUGAAGGGUUUCUUCAGGGGGUUGUCACCGAGGGUGGUCACACAUAUGCCCAGUAGUGCGCUCUGUUGGAUGUCUUAUGAAUUCUUCAGUGUGUUCUAUUCAUUGCCUCGUCCGUCGAAUAGCGCUGAUCAUGAUUGUUCUUCAUAUCUACAGAGGCUACAAUUCGCGAAGACUAGGUCUUCUUCUGAACCUGUAGUGGUCACUGCAUGGCACACACUUCAUCCACACCGAAGAUAUGGUUCGUCGUGCCUUGGGCUGCGCGCGGGAGUAGAUGGACAGCCGUCGUCCGUCCGGCUACAAAUAAUCACAUAG